CGUCACAACACCAUUCCUCUUUGUUUCCCCUUAAAAAAAUAAAUAACAAAUUAUCCUAGUACAUUCAAAAGCAACAUCCAAAGUAGAAUCGAUUAUCUUUAAAUAGCAUCCGUAUACCACUCAUAACUACACACACGCAAAACAUCGCUUAAUACUUCCUUUUCUUUCUCCCAAAAACACUUCAACUUCAAGCCGCUAUAAUUUUUCAGAAGUGCUUUUUAAGAUCGUUCAUUAAUUUUCAAAAGCACUUCUACGUUACCAAUAAUCAAUAACCACGGCAACUCUAAAUCCUACCAAAUCCGUAUCCAUCUCAAACCAGUUGGAUAUCAGGUACAAAACGACACCGUCAUGGCAGAAGAAUCACAAAUUCAAAUACAAGCGACUAACAAGUCAACAAACGGCGUCGUUUUGUUUGAGAAGUACGAAAUUGGUAAACUGCUCGGAGUUGGCGCGUCGGCGAAGGUGCACCACGCGACGAAUGUCGAAACCGGGAAGAGCGUAGCGGUGAAAGUCAUGAACAAGAAGAAACUCGUUAAUGGAGGUUUCUCACCAAACAUUGAGCGUGAGAUCUCAAUUCUCAGCCGCCUCCAUCAUCCUAACAUCGUAAACCUCUUUGAAGUGCUCGCGUCGAAGACGAAAAUUUACUUCAUCAUAGAAUUAGCCUCCGCCGGCGAACUCUUCGAAGAGGUAGCUAAAAGAGACAAACUCACCGAAGAACACGCUAGAAAAUACUUCCGGCAACUUAUCUCCGCCGUGAAACACUGUCACUCUCACGGUGUUUACCACCGCGAUCUCAAACUCGAUAAUCUCUUACUAGACGAGAAUGAUAAUCUCAAGGUAACUGAUUUCGGUUUAAGCGCGGUGAAAAACCAGAUCCGUCCUGACGGUUUACUUCACACCGUUUGCGGUACACCGUCCUACGUGGCACCGGAGAUCCUAGCGAAGAAAGGGUAUAACGGUGCGAAAGCUGAUGUAUGGUCAUGCGGCGUCGUUUUGUUUGCUAUUACCGCGGGAUAUUUACCGUUCAAUGAUUAUAAUAUUACCGUGCUGUAUAGGAAGAUUUACCGCGGUCAAUUUCGGUUCCCGAAAUGGUUUUCCUGUGAUCUGAAGAAUCUCUUAUCGAGGUUGUUGGAUACGAACCCUGAGACGAGGAUUAGCGUUGAUGAAAUUCUUCAAGACCCGUGGUUCAACUCGGGUGGAUAUAAGGUGGACCGGGUUUUAGUUAAGGAACCGGAGUUGGAGGAAAGUCAAACCGGGUUUAAGUCGAUGAACGCGUUUGAUUUGAUAUCGUUUUCAACUGGGUUAGAUAUGUCUGGUUUGUUUGAGGAUCAAAACGGGUCGGGUUUAGCUGAAUGGGUUGUUUCAAGGGACAAACCGGAGAAAAUUAUUGAAAGGGUGGAGGAGGUGGUUAAGGGAACGACGGUAGUUGUAACAAAAAUGGAAAAUUGUGGUGGAGCAAAAUUGGAGGGACAAGAAGGUAAUUUGAUUGGUGUUGUUAUGGUUUACCGGUUAACGGAUGAAUUUGUGGUAGUUGAAAUGAAGAAACGUGGAAAGGGGGAGGAAUCUGAGGCGAAAUUGUGGAAAAAUAAAUUGCGACCUUUGCUUGUUGAGUUGGCUAAGAAACCGGAAGAGCCGGUUUCCCGGUGACUUCUGGUGUGAUUUAUUAAAUUUGUUUAAUAAGUGUUAUUUGGUAUAUCUAUUGUUUUUAAUCUACGGUACCAAGUACCAAGAUCUUUGCAUUGGAACUUCCGUUAAAUAAAAUAAAUAGUUUAAAAUUAAUUUAUUUUUA